CAGAGCGAGUAACGUGUCGGGCGAACGGUCGCCCUUCGAAGGUUCCUGUUGCGGUUCCGGGUACCAUACGGUCGACUCCACGCCGUUGGGAUCACCGGAAGAAGCCGAAGUGCCCAAGUAUCGAGUUGUGAUGCUUGGAGAUGCAGGUGUCGGGAAGACGGCGCUUGUAUCGCAAUUCAUGACUUCCGAAUACAUGAAUACCUACGAUGCCAGCUUAGAUGAUGAGUUUGGUGAAAGGACGGUAUCCGUGGAAAAUUCGUUAAGCACGUAUGAACCGCAUGCUUGUGUGGUUGUUUAUUCCGUAGUAGCUAGGCCUAGCUUCCAACAUGCCGAAGAGACGCUGAACUACCUCUGGAGGGAGGGAUACACGCAGGAAAAAAGCGUCAUCGUUAAGGGAAAGCCCUGGCAGUAGCCCGGGACUGCAAGUUCAUCGAAACUUCCAGCGGCAUUCAACAUAACGUAGACGAGCUCCUUGUCGGUAUACUGAAACAGAUCCGGCUGCGAGAAACCAAGCAGAAGAAGGUGAAUUUGAAAAAGGAAACCAACAAACUACAUGGCUCCAAGACCAGUCUCAGUCUCAACAUUGCCAGAGAAAUCUUACAGAAGAUUUGUAUGAACGACAUCAGUAAGAGUAAGUCGUGCGAGAACUUACAUGUUCUAUAAGCAUGUUUAUUGACGAAAAUAUAGGAUUAUGAUCCAAUGUUCGAUUGAAUAGUUAUAUUUUGUAAUAAGGGUAGGAACAGCGUGCAGGUGCAAAAAGAUUGAUUCUAUAAUAAGGAGUCUGUCAUGUCUCUUGAAAGCCAGUCCUACAAACUAUAUCCAUAUUUUAUUACCUUGUAUUUCCGAAUGUUGAUAGAGAUGAUAUGACAGUAACCAUAAGACUACUACUUGCAUAAAUAAUAAAAUGACGACCUCAAACAACGGUUUUUGAGAUCAAACAAAUCAAGAGAUGCUUAGUAAACAACAGCUUAAGAUGAAGGAAAGAUGGACGUCGGCGGGAUUCAAACCUGCGUCUCCUACGUUCCGUAGAACUGACCCAACCACUUAGAGGUAAAUUUAAUCCUACGCCACUGUUUCAUUGUUCUUUCAGGCUGCUUGAUGCUCCAUCUGGCGGCGUUCAAGUGAAACAAAUCGGAUUGGUAUCUCCAGUCGCUUUCUAUACUCUAGGCGCUGAAGAAAGAAACUAAACCCAAACAAAUACACGCAUAUUGCUCGUGAGUGAGUGUUUAGGCGCAG